AUGACACGCUACUUCGGCUGCAACAGCUUCUACGCUGCCAACUCGGGCCUGUACCCGUACGGCGGCUACCCAUGCUAUGGCACCAACUGGCACGGGUCAUUCCGAUCCAGCCCCCUCAACUGCUUCGUGCCACUGGGCAACCCGCUCAAUUAUGGCUACACCGGCUAUGGCUCCCUGGGCUACAGCUUCGGCGGCAGUAACUGCAACACACUGGGUUGCGGGUACGGUGGCAGUUUCUGCCGGCCCUGGGGCUCCAACUCUGGCUACGGCUACAGCACCUACUGA